UAAAGACCUCAAAGUCAUGCUUGUUAAAUGGCGAUAGGUUUAUUUAAACUGAGCAAAAACCAAAGAAAAUCCCUAACAGGGAUAUUUUUUGUUCUAAACGUUCUGGAAGUACUGCUAGGGGCCACAAUAACCGGAAUCUCCAUCUACGUUUGCCUGGCCAUUUCCCCCAUGAUCAUCUCCGAAAAAACUGAAAUUAACUUUGUUUUUGUGGUUUACGCGAUAUUUGGGGGAAACGUGAUUAUCAACUGGCUGAUAGGGCUGAAAAUUUGCCAGAAGUGCGUCAAUCAAGCACACAAAAAAAGCACGAAGAGUCUGCUUUUGGUAUGGUACUGUGCAGGCACCAAUGCAGUCAUAACACUCCUAAUUAUUGCAAAUAUGUCUCGAAAAGCCAACAAACACAUAAUCAAAUCAAUGAAAAAUUCUAUACAAGGUGGAAUGAAGACUUACCUGAGCGAUUUUGAAUCAAAGGAAACUAUCGAUAGGAUACAGUAUGAGCUGGAAUGUUGCGGGUUUGAGUCUUACAAGGACUGGUAUGAAGUGGAGUGGAUUGAUGGAACAAUAAUAAACGCCAAAUCUCCCUUAGUGGAAGAGCUACGAUUCGACCAAUCCAAGCUUACAAUGCCCAUAGUUCCGUGGUCUUGUUGCAAAGUGGAUUUUCCGUUGCAAUGCCUGCACGAUCCCCUGCAACAAGUCGGGUUUACGAAUAUUUGGGUGGACGAGCCAAAUACGGUGUCCGAUUCUCUUAACACCAAAGGAUGCGUAGAAAAAAUGAAAGCCCCGAUCGGAUGGGUGAUUGAUGGGUUCAUAAUGAUAAUCAGCGCAAUAGUCUUCUUACAUAUUAUCAUAAUAUUGGCCUCAAGGAUUUUAUAUACAUCUUCCAGAAAUGCGAUUUUACUUUACGAUCCUGAAGGCACAUCUCCAGGCUGGGUCUUUGGGAGAGGCGAUUGCGGUUAUGCACGUGGAAAGACUUUGACGGAAAUUAUGGGAAUUACUAAUGAAAUACUCGAACAAAGAAUCAUCGAACAGAAGCGCAAAGAAAGGCUGAAGGCUAAAGAAGAGGCCACUCCAAAGAAGUCCGGUCAUUCAGAGUAUACGACUAGUUCGAAAACCACAGGAAUUGUUGAAAGGCUCAAAAAGAAAACACAUAAAAAAGAAGACAAAGCGCAUGAGGAGGAACCGAAGACAACAUAAAAGCUCGUUGAAAACUUUUAAGAAAUCUCCAUAAAUUUACAUCACUUAUACUAAUGAAUUUAAGAAUAAUAAAUAAUAACUAUAA